CCCGAUUCCCCUUUGUUCGGGUUCGCCAUUUUGCUAGGCAGCGGCAGUGGCGGCGGCGGCGGCGGCUGGAGCCUCUGAUUGGGUUUCGGAGUCCGGUACUGGAGCCAAUCAGCGCGGGCAGCGAACCGGGGGAGCGAGGCACGGAGUGUACCUCACAGCCUUCUAGGAUCUCCAGAGCGGACAGGAAUCUCACUUGGAGGGACCAUGGAGCAGUAUACAGCAAACAGCAAUAGUUCGACAGAGCAGAUUGUUGUCCAGGCAGGACAGAUUCAGCAGCAGCAGCAGGGUGGUGUCACUGCUGUGCAGUUGCAGACUGAGGCCCAGGUGGCAUCCGCCUCAGGCCAGCAAGUCCAGACCCUCCAGGUAGUCCAAGGGCAGCCAUUAAUGGUGCAGGUCAGUGGAGGUCAGUUAAUCACAUCAACUGGCCAACCCAUCAUGGUCCAGGCUGUCCCUGGUGGGCAAGGUCAAACCAUCAUGCAAGUACCUGUUUCUGGAACACAGGGUUUGCAGCAGAUACAGUUGGUCCCACCUGGACAGAUCCAGAUCCAGGGUGGACAGGCUGUGCAGGUGCAGGGCCAGCAGGGCCAGACACAGCAGAUCAUCAUCCAGCAGCCCCAGACGGCCGUCACUGCUGGCCAGACUCAGACACAGCAGCAGAUCGCUGUCCAGGGACAGCAAGUGGCACAGACUGCUGAAGGGCAGACCAUUGUCUAUCAGCCAGUUAAUGCAGAUGGCACCAUUCUCCAGCAAGUUACAGUCCCUGUUUCAGGCAUGAUCACUAUCCCAGCAGCCAGUUUGGCAGGAGCACAGAUUGUUCAGACAGGAGCCAAUACCAACACAACCAGCAGUGGGCAAGGGACUGUCACUGUGACACUACCAGUGGCAGGCAAUGUGGUCAAUUCAGGAGGGAUGGUCAUGAUGGUUCCUGGGGCUGGCUCUGUGCCUGCUAUCCAAAGAAUCCCUCUACCUGGAGCAGAGAUGCUUGAAGAAGAGCCUCUCUACGUGAAUGCCAAACAAUACCACCGUAUUCUUAAGAGGAGGCAAGCCCGGGCUAAACUAGAGGCAGAAGGGAAAAUUCCAAAGGAAAGAAGGAAAUACCUGCAUGAGUCUCGGCACCGUCAUGCCAUGGCACGGAAGCGUGGUGAAGGUGGACGAUUUUUCUCUCCAAAGGAAAAGGAUAGUCCCCAUAUGCAGGAUCCAAACCAAGCCGAUGAAGAAGCAAUGACACAGAUCAUCCGAGUGUCCUAACCCCAGGCCAUAUGAUGGAGCUGAUCAAGGUCAUGUUUCUCACCAGUUUCUCACUGUUCCAGGAAAUUGAUCAACUCUUCCAAUGGGACAUUGACGAUCACAUUCUGCCCUUUUCUACAGGACGGAAACCACUUAGUUUUUCAUAAGUGGCUCAGUAUUACAAUUGCAGCAAUGCCUGGCAAAUUGAAGUUGCAAGCCUUUGUCUUACUCUUUCAGUCAGGACCUAUUUCAGACUGUUGAUCACACUGACAUUUCAUGGAUUCGGAUGAUGCAAGGAGACACAUGCCACCCCAGCAGUACACAAAGCACUUAUGUUGACUGGUGACGUGAGCCAGCCAUCUCAGCAGGGAAAAACAACCUUCUCAACCAAAACUGCAAUCAGGAAAGCAGCAGCCCACUCCUUCCCAUGGAAUCUAGACAGUAUUUAUCCCUCUGGUGGGGGAAUCUCACACUGACUAACUGAAUGGACGCUUUGUAUUCAGAGAUGGCUUCCAAGCAAGGAAGUUCUAUCUUGUGAUAUGGAAACAAUAAAUUUCUGAGAUACAUUCUUCUAAUCUGUGGUAAUAAUAAGAAUUCCUGUCUGCCUAGAUGGUAGGUUGGUAUUUCUGGACUCUAGCCAAGAAAAAGCUAACUCUGGGGAUAGAAUGAUAAAAGCCUCAAGCACUAAAAAUAUACAUUGCCGAAUCUCUUUUUCUAGCUUUGAAAAGUUGUGGCCUGCUUGUCCCUCUGUUGACUGGUCAUCUGGACCAUCGUACUUGCUGUGGCUACUUCUAAGACAAUGUAGAGGAUAUUGAACCUUGAAACUGCCUUUCCUAAGUAGAGAACAAGACUAUUCAACAACUUCUUUGCUGAAGCACUGAGGACAUUUGUAGUACUCCUAAAGGGAGAGCCAAACUAGAGAUUUUCAAUCAUAGACUUUGUGACAGCAUUUGGGGAGCUGAAAGGUUCAUGUGUUUCAUCCUAGGAGGAGAGAGUGGGGGAGAGAGAGAGAGAGAGAGAGAGAGAGUAUGUACACCCAUAUGUUAUCAUAGAGCACGAUUCUCCAGUGGAUGGAUACCUGGAAUGGAUCAUUAAGAUGAAGAGAGUAAUUCACACUGUAGAACCUUUAACAAGCACUGAAAGGAAGAAGCCUGAGAUUUGGUCCUUGGCAAUUUCUGGAAAGCACUGAUCAGUCACGCUGUCCUGAACAGAGUCCAAGUUACCCACUAAAGCUUGAGGUGGAUGUUGGCUUCACUCCCGCAGCACAAUGCUGGCCCUAGAAAGCGAGCAUUUUCAUUCUUCCCAUGGCAGCUGAUUCUUUGGUGCCAGUUUUCAUGUUUUCUCCAUAGGCCUUGUGCAGAAAGGUUUUCUCAUUGCAUCCGUACUGUGAGAAUAAACUGCAGACUAGAAAGAAACAUGCCUGCAGGGUCAGGAACUGGGCCACUGUUCCCAGAAUGGGUUGUGCCUCAGAAUUCUAUUUCUCUUUUAGAUGUUGAACCCUGAGAGAACUAAGAUGAUAUUUCAGAAGAGUUGGCUGCCUUCUCUGGAAACAAGGAAAACCCAAUAAUUCUGAGGAACAUUGGGGGUCAAAUACCAAGAAUAAAAAUUGGUUCUUUGACUUCAGCUUAACUGUAUUAAGACAGAAAUUAAGCCCUCUAAAAACACCACAAAGAGAGAUCAUUGUAAUGAUAGAAAUAGAGGUACAGAGCUAUGCAAAGGAAACAGGAAGUGAAAUAUUCCUAGUCCCAGGGAUCUGGUAAUUGUCCUGGCUUCCAGAUGUCAAAGGGCUGAUCCUUUGGUAAGCUCACUAGAAACUUCUGGCUCUCUACAAGAGUUUGGGAUAUUAAUGUUAUUCAGUAAGUCCCAAGUUUUUCAGAGGAUAGAUUACUAACAAUGAGGAAUUUAUAUUCCUUGGUUAAUUUAGGAGUCUAAGAUGCAGAGUUCAGAAAGAAAUUACUCAGACCUAACUCUGAGUGCUUAAGCCGCCAACAGUUAGAAGAUGCUAUUUAUUUGUGUCUGUAAGUUUGUACAUAGUAAUGCCAACCUUGUUGCUGAAUUUUUUAUUUGUGGGGGAUGAGUUUGAAUUUUGUUUGAAAUGCUUCAGUUGUCAUUUUGUCAUUGCAUUUCAAAUAGCUCAUGACCCUUUUCUUGUGGUCACUUUAGCACACCAUAGUAGCCCACAAAGUGGGGGCAGGGUAUUGACAUUUGGAUUUUUUCUUUGAUUCUAGUUCUUUUAUUGAUUUUUAUUUGUGACUGUAGUGAUGACUUCACAGAUGGAGAAAGAGUGAAUGGAUGAAUGAAUAAUUGGUUUAAUGCCUAGUUAUGCAACUUGAGUGCUUUUUUUUUGGCAGGAUAAUUUAAAGUGUAUAUAUUUUAACUGCACUGGUACAUUGAACAUGUCAGUGUCGAUGCCACUGGACCAACAGAGCAUUUUGUGGCUAUAGGGUGCCUGGUAAUAAUGUCUUGAUUUUUCUUUGGGACUCAACUAUAUCGAAGGUUUUUCCCCCAGCAGUAUGGGGGUGUACAGGUGAUCGAUCAUUAAUGUCAUCACAAUUGUUAUUUUUUAAAAUAAAUUUAUAAAAAUAACCAAAAAGUAAUGUGACUUUUGGGGAAUCUGCAACUCCUGGGUUCUAGGUUGUGUUUCCAAUGUUGAAAUUGUGACCUCUGCCAACAAGACAUGUCUGCAUGGACGGUGUCUCUGUAAACAGUAUCUAACUUGUAAUGUCUGGGCCUCUUAGCUUUAUCUCCCCUUAAUUUCUUCCCUUUUGGCCCUUCCACCCUGUUGAGGAGAUAUUUUCUGUCAAUUGCAGGCUGAUCAUACAUUUGAUGCUACUACUGAAAGUGUUUAUCAAAAUGUGACGAAAAUUAGCCCUUAUCACAAAAACAGCCUUGAUUAAGUAUUCUAGAAUUACAGGUAGUGAAGAUGUACUUUUUACAUUUUGUUAGAUUUUGUUUUGGCAGAAGACCAAAACAAAAGUACUUUUCUGAUGGUUAAAAAUCCACAGCAUGCUCACCUUGUUACUGUUUUACCUUACGGUCACUGGUAAUCUAAGCAACAAAGACUAGAAGCCUCCGAUAUGCCAUUGUCACACACGAGAGACAAACAGCCCCGGGUAGCAUUCAUGAUGAGAGCAGGAGACCUGCCCUGGCAGAUAAGAGGAGAAACUCACCACAACAAUGAAGGAAAAGGACUGACAGUAUUCGAUAGAUUUAGUCAAACUGUGCUUGAGGUUUGGCUUAGAUUUAUGCCAGUAGAACCCAUCCUUAACAAAUUCAGAGAUGACCCAAGAUUCUACUCUGUGGUAUGGGGGAAAGACCUCUCGAUAUUUAUCUCACAUCAACAGCUUUACCGCAGGAGCGUCUACAUCUCUCCUGUUUCCUGUAGAAAAGACAGCUUUGCUCCUUUGAAAGCGCGGACUGCAGCACCUCCAGCCCCUUCUCCCCGCGGAACUCGGCCCGCGAAAGUUGUGGGAAGGUGGUGGGGCGGGGACUGCAGCCGCUUCCGAUUGGCGUUGCCCCAAGGAAGCCUGCGCGGAUUGGUCGGCGGCAGGACCCCCAACAGAGCCUGCCAUGCGGAUUGGCUGCUACGCUGCUGGACCCUGUUUCCGGUACCUGGGCGGGCAGCUAUGGUGACUCGCAGGCGGGAUGGGAAGCUGCCUGUGUGGCCGGUGGAGGCCCGCUUGGCGGCACUGCUUCCCGACCUACUGGUCUUUCGGAAGCCCAGGGGAUCAGAACCCGAGCUCGCCACGGCCCAGGGAGUCCUCCUAGGCGUCCAUGUGACGGGUGAGGGCGAUGGCCGGCACUUAAGCCUCCUGACCUGCGGGAGAAGCGGCCGUUGGGUCUAGGCCCCUGGAGGCCGCGACGGUUACAGACCUAGCCUCCCGCGAGCUAAGGCACAGUUUAACUUCGUCCCGCGGCUUCCGCAGGAAACUUUGAGGGUCUUCGUUUUAGCGUGGGAAGGCAUCUUUUGGGAUGAACCAGCUCAGCCCUUGAGCUCAGCUCAAAGAUGAUGAAAUUGAAACUCAGAGGAAAGGAUUUUUACAGGACCACGCAGCGGGCUGUGAACCCGUGUCUCCCAACCCCGAGCAAUUUCUAUUAAGCGUUCUGUUUCAGUUAUUUUAUUCUUUCAAUUAAUUCAUUCUUGGCGUCGUUAAGUAUGUGCUUGCCAUUGUUCUGGCCGUAGCUAUGUAGCAGCCACUCCUAGAGUUGUUCAUUUAACAAAUAUUUAUUCUGUGUCAGGGGUAUGAAGAUGGAUAAUACCAGGUGCCUGUCCUCACCGUGUGAGUGAUUCUCUGGCCAGACAUGAGGAGGGAUCCUGUUGUUUCCCAUAGCCAGGCAGCUGCCUAAGAGGGUGGGGGAAAGAGCUGGCUCCAGAUGAAAAGGGCACCAUCUCCAGCUCCUGCAAGCAGAGAGGGUGGUCCUCUGGAUUCCCAGUGGCAGCGGCAACCAACCUGGCCCUUAGUAGUUUCUAAGUUACACCAUGUUAAUGGAUAAAGGAAUUACUCAGCUUGAAGAGAUCUGUUUCCUUUAUACCAGGCUGAUGUGUGGGGAGAAAGGGGCCAAAAAGUUAGGAUUUGGAGUUAACAUGGUAAUUUCUGCUUUGUUGGUCAGGGUUUACAGCAUUAAUGGAUAGGUUCAGCCUGACCUGCAAGUCGGAACGUGACAUGGACAAACUGGCCCACAUCUUCAGUUACUACAUUAGUGACAUCGUGGAGCGUGAGUGAUCAUUGUAGGGUAACAAGGUGUGGUGCUGGGCUCCUGAGGGUUUAUAAAAGAAGGUGGCCGGAAGUACUUUAAAACAGGUACUAAAGGGUCAUUCCUUUAGCAUCAUUCAUCUUUGGUUUCUUCAAGUUGCCACUGAAAAGCUAGACCUUUGCCUGUUAUCUGCCAUUCUACCCAGUCUUACAUUCUAUUGACUCAUUGUUCAAAGGUGGGGCAGGAGGAGCUAAUUUACUUUGCACAUUUGUAUUUUAUUUCAAAAUAAAGUGUUCUAACAAUAA